GUCUUAUGGAUUGUACUUAAAUUCUAAUACUGAAAAGAAAGAGAAGAAAAAAUGUCUGCGUCUGGGGACUCAAGAAAUGAGUUUUCCACAGAAGAGGAUGCAGGAUCAACGCAGCUGAAACUCGGGCGCAUGGCACAAACAUCCUGUCUUCCCUUCAGCGUUGAAGCUCUCAUGUCGGAGACGAGGCCGCUGGCUGUGACCAGCAAAGAAAAGGGAAAUUAUGAUUUGAAGGAAGAUGAGGCGCAGCGGACAGAUGAGUGCACCCAAAACUUAAUAUCUAUUAAAUCAGAGCCACUGGAACAACAGGAAUUUCCCUCUUGGAUAUCCAGCUCCAUUAAGAUGUCUACUCCCCCACGGCAGCUUAGUCCGGCAGUCUGCUCAUUGAGGAAGCACAAAACCAACCGUAAGCCUCGUACUCCCUUUACCACAAUGCAGCUUCUGGCCCUGGAGAGGAAAUUUCGUCAGAAGCAGUACCUGUCCAUCGCCGAGCGGGCCGAGUUCUCCUCCUCACUGUCCCUGUCCGAGACCCAAGUGAAGAUCUGGUUUCAGAAUCGACGGGCCAAAGCCAAGAGGCUUCAGGAGGCUGAAGUAGAGAAACUCAAACUAGCAGCUGGUGUAGGCUCCAAAGCUGUGUUCUACCCAGGAUACUCAUCCUUGGGUUUUCCCCUGCACGCUGGUUCGGCAGGGCUCUAUGGAUUGGGCUACUCAUACGGCCGCACCCCUGUUCUCCCUGCUGCACAUCUGGCUAUGUACGCCUCACAGGUCGGCUACAGCCUUUUCCACCUCUCCUGAGAUGAAAAAGAAAUAUACAGACAGAUUGUGCUAAAAAGGGAUGACAAGAGUGUAUCAUUAAACCAUGCACCUUAUGCAAAACUUGUUUGCAUGUGACCUGAAGUGGACUUUAAGCUUCAUUGUUUGUCUUAAGAAGGAUUUACAAGUGUUCUGCUAUUUGCAAAAGACUAUGGAAGGAUACACUAUCCCGAAGGUCCCUCUUUGCCAUUUGCAAACAUAAUACCAGAAUACAUAUUGUUCAGAUUUUCAGUUUGUCUUUUCUGCCCUUUUUCUAUCUCCUGAACGACUAAAGUGUUUUUCACUUGUUACCCUUCAACAUGCAGGGAUAUUUCACUGC